AUGGUUUCAGCAGGAUGGGUGCUCCACCCCAUUAUGGGAGGGGACAGCAGCAAACCCUACACAGUACCACCUCUAAGCAGCAACUCACAUAAUAUACCACCUCUCAGCAGCAAUUCACAUAAAGUACCAUCUCUCAGCAGCAAACCCUACACAGUACCACCUCUAAGCAGCAACUCAACUCACAUACAGUACCACCUCUCAGCAGCAACUCUACACACAAACUCACAUACAGUACCACCUCUCAGCAGCAAACCCUACACAGUACCACCUCUCAGCAGCAACUCACAUACAGUACCACCUCUCAGCAGCAACUCACGUACAGUACCACCUCUCAGCAGCAACUCACAUACAGUACCACCUCUCAGCAGCAAACCCUACACAGUACCACCUCUAAGCAGCAACUCACAUACUGUACCACCUCUCAGCAGCAACUCACAUACAGUACCACCUCUCAGCAGCAAACCCUACACAGUACCACCUCUAAGCAGCAAACUCACAUACUGUACCACCUUUCAGCAGCAACUCACAUACUGUACCACCUCUCAGCAGCAACUCACAUACAGUACCACCUCUCAGCAGCAACUCACAUACAGUACCACCUCUCAGCAGCAACUCACAUACAUUACCACCUCUCAGCAGCAACUCACAUACAUUACCACCUCUCAGCAUCUAACCCUGCACAGUACCACCUCUAAGCAGCAACUCACGAAAAGCACCGAAGUCCGUAAAGACUAG